AUGAGCAGGUUCAAGAAAUCAAUGACGUUCAAGGACGUGGCCGUGGUCUUCAGUGAGGAGGAGCUGGAGCUGCUGGACCCGACCCAGAAGCAGCUGUACCAGGAUGUGAUGCUGGAGAACUUCAGGAACCUGGUCUCAGUGGGCCACCAGAGCUCGCCCAGAUACACCUUUCUCAUGAGGUUUUACACAGAGCAUCAGCGAGUCCACACGGGGGAGAAACCAUUCAGUUGUGAGAUAUGUGGCAAGAGUUUUCAUCAAAGAGCAGCACUUAGCACUCAUUGUUUGGUCCACAUGGGAGAGAAGCGUCACAAAUGUGAAGCCUGUGGGAAGAGCUUCACUCACAGAGCAGACCUACAGAUUCAUUGUAGAGUCCACACAGAAGAGAAACCCAGUGACUGUGGUUUCCAGAUCACUUCACAGCUUCUACCUCAUCAGAAGGUCCACAGUGGAGAAAAACCAUUCAAAUGUGAAGAGUGUGUCAAGUACUUCAAUAGAAGAUCAAAACUUGAAAUUCAUCACCGAAUCCAUACUGGAGAAAAGCCCUAUAAAUGUGAAGAGUGUGGGAAAGGCUUCAGGCAGGCAGCACAUCUUCUGAUCCACCAGAGAGUCCACAGUGGAGAGAAACCAUUCAGAUGUGAAGAGUGUGGAAAAUCCUUCCGGACAAGACCGGUUCUUCAAGUUCAUUAUAGGAUCCACACAGGAGAGAAACCUUACAAAUGUGAAAGAUGUGGGAAGGUCUUCAGGCAGGCUUCACAAAUUUUGUCCCAUCGAAGAGUCCACAGUGGGGAGAAACCCUUUAAAUGUGAAUACUGUGGGAAGUACUUCCGCAGUAGAUCCAAUCUUCGGACUCACCAUAGAACCCACACUGAUGAGAGACCCUAUAAUUGUGUGGAAUGUGGGAAGCGCUUCAGGGUAGCUUCCCAGCUUCUGAAACACCACAGAGUCCACAGUGGAGAAAAGCCUUUCAAAUGUGAAGAAUGUGGGAAACACUUCAGUACUAGAGGAUACCUUCAGGUCCAUUGCCGAGUCCACACAGGAGAAAAACCCUAUAAUUGUGAGGAAUGUGGCAAGGUCUUCAGGCAGGCUGCACAUCUCCUGACCCAUCAGCGAGUCCACAAUGGAAUAAAGCCCUUUAAAUGUGAAGAGUGUGGGAAGAACUUCUCUCAGAUUUCUCACCUGCAAUCCCAUCAAAGAGUCCAUAAUGAUGAAAAGCCUUAUAAAUGUGGAGUGUGUGGGAAGGGCUUCAAGUGGAGCUUGAACCUUGACAUGCAUCAGAGGGUCCACAAAGGAGAGAAAUCCUAUCAAUGUGGGGAAUGUGGUAAGUACUUCAGUUAUGCCUCAAGCCUUCAGCACCAUGAGCAUGUCCACAGCAGAGAGAAACCGUACAAAUGUGAUGUGUGUGGGAAAGACUUCAGUCGAGUGUCACAAUUACAGUCGCACCAGAGAGCCCACAGUGGGGACAAACCUUAG